AUGACUCGGAAGUCAUGGAAUGCCUCAAGACUGGUCCAGCUCGUCGUCAUCACAAUUUUUGCAGAAUGCUGCUGUGCGUUGAACAACGGAUUGGCGACUACGCCGGCCAUGGGAUGGAACCCAUACAACGCUUACGCAUGCGAUACCGUGGAAUCGCAGUACCACUCUAAUGCUCAAGCACUUGUGGAUCUGGGACUCGAUUCCCUCGGUUACGAGUAUCUGAAUCUUGAUUGUGGAUGGCAAGGGACCGCAAGGAAUUCGUCUGGAGGUAUUACAUGGAAUACCGCAGCUAUUCCAAACGGCGUACCGGCUCUUGGAAAGUUCGUCCAUGAUCUAGGCUUAAAAUUUGGGGUCUACUCUGACGGAGGAUAUUUCGCUUGCGACACUGUCGGCGGCACUGCUCACUUUCUUGGUUCUCUUGGAUUUGAGAUGCAAGACGCCGCAACGUUUGCAAGUUGGGGCGCAGAUUAUCUCAAGUACGAUAACUGUUAUGCGGUCAGCACCACGGAUUUUGUCGAUUUCGAUCCUCCAAUUGAACCUCACUAUACUACAAUGCGUGACGCCCUUUCUGCGACAGACCGGCCCAUUCUUUUUUCGGCCUGCGAAUGGGGUGUCCAGGAUCCAGCAAGAUGGCCAGCAUCGGCAGUUGUAAACUCAUGGAGAAUUUCAAACGACAUUGGUCCUCCCUCAUCAUGGGACAACAUAUUCCGAAUAGUCAAUCAACUCGUACCAAUAACAGGUUUCGCUGGGCCUGGAGGAUGGAAUGAUCUAUGGUGCAAUUUAUUGGAAGUUGGAAAUAUUGGUCUGACCAUGGCUGAACAGCAGACCCAUUUUACAUUCUGGGCAGCAGCCAAAUCGCCGUUGAUCAUCUCCACCGACUUGACCGAGAUCUCUGAGGAGGCGGUGGGGAUAUUGACCAAUACGAGGGUGAUUGCUUUGAACCAAGACUCCUUAGGCCAGUCUAUCAGUUUCAAACGCCGAUACACCAACGAUCAUGAUGUUUGGGCAGGACCAUUGUCUGAUGGGUCAAUGGUGGCAGUCGUGAUCGAAAUGCAGAAUUCUUCACGCGCUAUCACAUUCAAUUUAUCUGACGUUGGAUAUACUUCAGCUACGGCGAUAAAUGUCAUUACUGGAGCAUUGCUGGGGACGCUCGAAAAUUCAUACACCUCAACAUUCGACGCGCACGGAUCUCUUGUGCUCAAACUCAGCAACCCUGUUAUUGCGCCCCAGCCUACUUUUACGUUUUACGAUGCUGCGGCUUCGGGAAAUGUUCUUGCUGGAGGUGCCUCAACUCGGAUCGUGAACAACACCAUUACCGUAGUGGGAUUUGUUGGAAAUGGAGGAACCCUUGAGUUUACAGGAGUUGACGGCGGUGCAAGCGGCGGUACCAAGCUCCUAUCGGUGGAUUACAUCAAUGCGGAUUUUACCCCAACAAACACCGAUUGCUCGAAUUGCCGCAAUGCGUUCAUGAGUGUCAAUGGGGGCACCGCAGUCCAAGUUCAAAUGCCGCUUUCUGGUCAGAGUUGGGACAUCCUGUUCCACGGGUAUCUGGUUAGUCUCUCGGGAUUCAAACCAGGAAAGACGAACAUUGUUCAAAUAUCCAAUCCGUCUGCUUAUACUCCUGACUUUUAUCGUCUCGGUGUUGCAGUAUGA